CUGCAUCUCGCGUGUCCUCCCUGUCUUCGCUUGUCCGUAUCGCCUCGAUCUUUUGCCGGCCGCCGCGCGCGGAUUGCACACGAUGUAUGGUGGCCAGUGGUUCUUCAUUGUCACCACGCCUCCACGCCGCGUCUAAUACCACUGGUCAAUUGUAAUGAGUGGUCAACGGCGUGCAGUUGGCUCUGGCGACACGCACCUGUAUCCUUCUCGAGCACCAUCAAGUCACUUCGGCCCAACCAUGCUGCUCUUUUUCAUUUGGAGCUGCGAUCUCCUGGACUUCUUGAUCAGUCUUCGACCGUCAUAGUCUCCCACCACCUCUUCGUUGCUCCAUUCAAAUCCUCGAGUCUAUCGUCUUCAGCAAGCAGCUUCGUGUCGUGGCUUUGUUGGAAAGUUCGGUUGUCGAAGUCUCGCAGCAGCCGGAUCGUUUCUCUCCCCGAGCUGCGUGACAGUGCCACGUACACGUUGAAUAGACUCAACCCCCCCGUAGGUGGCAUUGCUAUGUCCACGAUGACGCGCUUCAAUGUUUGACCCUGCGACCUGUAAUCCGUGAAUGCAUACGCGCCUGUCAACGGAUAUUGUCGUCGGGUGAUAGUCUUGUUGACACUGGUCCCUCCGCUCAGCCAUGAUUUUACCAGACAGUUGUGCUGCUCUUGUGCGCUCGAAUCGUACAAGGAUGUACGCAGGUAGCCUUUUCAAGUGAACCACUGAUUCGGGGCCAAUGGGUGGUUCAUCGGGGUCCAGGAUGAUGUCCUCGAUUGUCCCCCGCGCGCCGUUGGUCAAAUCAAGAUCGGUUUCGAUGUUGUUUGUUACCAUAACUGACAUUCCAAUGGCCAGUUCAAUCGAAUGUGCGCGUACCGGUCUGCGACCGACAACGGGGCUCCUCGAUAUGUGUCACUUGCUGCACAGAUGUACAACUGUCGUGCUUGAUGACGACACAUCUUGUGUACAGCUUGCGUGUUCCAUGGCACACGCACUCCAUGUCUAGGCGUCACCUGUGGACAUCGUCAGCCCGCUUUCCGAUCAUGCCUCGCACGCACCAAUGUGGCAUCCUGCCAUGGGUCAUCUUCGAAGUUAUUGUCGGGGCUCAGGCACAGGGAAGUCUAACCACACUUGAUGGCGCGCCCGAUCUUUGUGUCAACAUUGUCUUUGAUGAUGUCCAUGGGAUAAUACAACGCUUGCGAAGCAGACGUUGCGACCGGUGGAAAUUGGUAUGCUUUCCCCAUGCCGAUGUUGCGUGACAAUUGCGCGAGAAACUGCUUGCUAAUCAUCGAAAUUUCAUCGAUAAUGAGUCCCAUGGCGCCUAUAGUAUGUGUCGUCUUUCCAUCAAUGAGGGAAGCUGCGACUCCUGUGUAUGCAGCCUUUACAAGCCACUGAUGGACGCCAUGAUGCUGGAAUGACCGCGUCACCUUCGUGAUGACCUUGGACUUGCCAGUACCCCCUUCGCCAUGGAUCAACAUCCUCAGUGGCGGCACGUCAUGCCCCGCGAGCACUCGUCCCAAAUGCCACAUGAUGAUGUCGUAUGCCCUUUGUUGGUCUGGUUGCAACACGAUCACUUCCUCCCCCGUUGUCUCUCCAUCACAGCUGUCCACAUCAAACAUGUGGCUGGACUUUGUCGUUUCUCCUUUCGGCAACAUGUCACUUGUGAUCAUUUCAACAGUUUCGGUUCGGUCCAACCCUUCUACGGCAACUGUCGCAGUGUCUUCGCCUUCGUCCGAUGGCCCCAGUAUGGUGUUUUGCAUCUGCGCUAAGUAGUCCAUCUGCUUCUUCCAUCGUAUGACGUUGAUAAGAUCGUCCCCAGAAGCUGGAGCCACUCUGUGACCCGCGGUUCUGAUAGCCCAAGGUCCGUCUUCGUCAUUGAACAAUCUGACUAGCCGUGCGAUUUCGAUGGCCGUGUCACCGUGAUCUGCCUCCCGCCGUGAAAAUCGGCAAGCCUGCAAAGCCGAUAUGUCAUCUUCUGUGAUCCCUGCAUCAACUGUCAUCUCCUCGUCACCACCACUGGGCUCGGUCAUGCUCGAAGGUGCCAAUCCCAGAUGUCCCGGUUGCGUUCGGGCCCCGACUGAGCGAAAUGCCGAAAGGCUUCUUCCCAGGUCUCGUCAGGCCGCUUGAGACCUUCUGUUAUACAACGCCAUGGCUUCAGAAGUAAAAGCAUUGACGCAUGGUAGAAGUCCUGUUGGUCGACAUCAUUGCGGCGCGGGAACCAUUCACCGAUGAAGUUGGGCAAACUAUCGUGGCCGGGCGCUCGCAUGACACGCUGUUUCUGUUCGUGAGUGGGAUGGGCCGGCCUGUAGCGGAUACGUGUAUUCUUGGGACGUCCUCGGCUGCCUGAUCCUGCCCUAGCGUUGGAGUGCAUUUGCGCUUCUCGUUCCUGCUGUGUGAUGGCAACCUCAUAGGUUUCGACAAAGUAAUCAAGAACACUAUAUGAUUCCAAAUCAUCUCCACGUUGCACGUAGUCUGUCACUUGGUUCUUGGCAAAUAUUAAACCGCGUGUGUUCAUUGUCAA